AUGGCUCUGCUGACCACUCAGAUGACUGCUCAGACAAACAACAACUUAACGCAUGGUUCAAGCACAGGUGGGUUCCCUGCUCGGUACUUGGUGGCACUGAUUUCAGGCAUAGCGGGUAUCUUUUUAGCCAUAGUGGUGUACUUGGUGUGGUUUUACUGUCGUCAGAAACGAAGUCAUCUAAACUGGCACGGAUCUUCUGACGGUGAAGAUUCUCCGAAUACUGUGACCAACGACCUCAAGAUCAGUCAAAGUACGCCCGACCUUGUGCAUCAGUUAAUGGCUGAAAAUGGAGGAAUCAGUCACUCCAAACAUGGAAUUUUUAAACAUACCCAACGUCAAUCAACCCUGCCAACGGUCUCCGAGAGACACGUGUCAUUUCAGCGACAACUUUCCCACAAGUUGGACUUGUCUAACAUUGAAUUUACAGUUCAAAGUAUAAAACAUAAAGAACAGCCAAACCUGGGUUCCAUCAAACCAGAAUUGUAUAAACAAGUGUCCAUUGACAGUAUAAAAAGUGAGCAGAUGCUUUGUGGUAAAAUCUUCUUCAGUCUCAAGUAUGAGCAUGACCUUGGGGAGCUAAAGGUUCUCAUACACAGAGCAGAGGAUUUACCUGCGAAAGAUUUUUCAGGCACAUCAGAUCCAUAUGUAAAAACAUAUUUACUACCAGAUCGUAAACACAAGUGUCAAACAAAAGUUCAUCGCAAAACUCUUAACCCAGAGUUCAAUGAAUCAUUCACAUUCUCUGUACCCUAUAAGGAAAUUACGUCAAGAACUUUGCAGUUUAAUAUAUAUGAUUUUGACAGAUUUUCUCGUCAUGAUCUGAUUGGUGCUGUUGUGGUGAAGGAUAUUUUAAGUGAGGGAAGUUUGCUGAAAGAAACAUUUUAUGUGAGAGAUAUACUUUCAGCCAACCAGGAGAAGUUUGACUUUGGAGAGCUGAUGUUAUCACUGUGUUAUCUCCCUACGGCUGGAAGACUGACGCUGACUGUGGUCAAGGCCCGUAAUCUAAAGGCCAUGGACAUUACAGGUUCAUCAGAUCCAUAUGUGAAGGUUUCACUGAUGUGCCAGGGGAAGAGGAUAAAGAAGAGGAAGACAUCAGUAAAGAGAAACACACUGAACCCUGUCUACAAUGAGGCGAUGGUGUUUGAUGUUCCUCAGGAGAAUGUGGACGAUGUAUAUCUGGUCAUCAAAAUGAUUGACUACGAUAGGAUUGGUAGUAAUGAGGUGAUGGGAUGCUGUGCCCUGGGGCCCAAGUAUAAUGGUGUUGGACGAGACCACUGGUUUGAGAUGUUGGAGUCACCCCGUAAACCUGUUGCCCAGUGGUAUGCACUCCAGGAGCAUGUGCCCUGCUGCAGUGACACUCCAAAUGGCAAAUGUAAGUUUGGCUGUCGCCAUUCACGCCAGUCCACAGUCGACUCCAGUGAAGGAAGUACCUACUGA